CGCCCCCCCGCCCCCGCCAGCGCGUCGUUCCACAAAUGGCGGCUCCGCUGGGAGGCAUGUUCUCCGGGCAGCCACCUGGGCACGCGGGGGACUCCAGGGGCCAGGCUUCGCUUCUUCAGGCCGCGCCGGGCCCUCCGAGAGCUUCUAACAGUACCUUGGUGGACGAGUUGGAGUCCUCUUUUGAGGCCUGCUUUGCCUCUCUUGUGAGUCAGGACUACGUCAAUGGCACGGAUCAGGAAGAAAUUAGAACUGGUGUUGAUCAGUGUAUCCAGAAAUUUCUGGAUAUUGCAAGACAGACGGAAUGUUUUUUCCUACAAAAAAGAUUGCAGUUAUCUGUCCAGAAACCAGAACAAGUUAUCAAAGAGGAUGUCUCAGAACUGAGGAAUGAAUUACAGCGGAAAGAUGCUCUGGUCCAGAAACACUUGACAAAACUGAGGCAUUGGCAGCAGGUACUGGAGGACAUCAACGUGCAGCACAAAAAGCCAGCUGAAAUCCCUCAGGGCUCCUUGGCCUACCUCGAGCAGGCGUCUGCUAAUAUCCCUGCACCAAUGAAGCAAACCUGAGUCAAAGCCGGCCUGAAGGUGAUCCAGUGUGUGAGCCUAAACCCAGUGUUGACGAACAUCACUUCUUGUGGAUACAUUUUGGAAGAACUCUUUACCAAAGAAAGAGAUGAUUUUUGUUUGAUGAGCUCACCUAAAGUUUUCCGUUUAUUUUUAUAAGCGUUAUUUCUUGAGUACUUUAUAAAAUGCCUCUAUAGUUUGGGUAAAUCCAGUAAAUUUUCUUGUCCUUAGCAAAGUUUAGACUGUUAGUGUGAUGCCACUUACAGAUUUCCCUUCUGUGUUUCUUUUUUUCUGUUUUUGUUUUUGUAUGACUUGUGUUUCCAAUUUUAUUUUUUUUUAAUUUUUUUUUUUAAAUUUAUUUAUGAUAGUCACACAGAGAAAGAGAAAGAGAGAGAGAGGCAGAGACAUAGGCAGAGGGAGAAGCAGGCUCCAUGCCCCAGGAGCCCGGCGUGGGAUUCGAUCCCGGGUCUCCAGGAUCGCGCCCUGGGCCAAAGGCAGGCGCUAAACCGCUGCGCCACCCAGGGAUCCCUGUUUCCAAUUUUAGAUUAGUUUGUGUGAUAUGAUCUGAGAAUGAGAGGAUGAGGGUUUUAGUUUUAGACCUUUUAUGACAAUUAUCCCUUAAGUGGUAGUACAGAGAAAUAGGUAAAUUUGCAUGUGUCAAGACUUUAAAUUACCUCAAGAAGAGGAAUCUAAUACAGUGAUGUUUGUAAUGCAUCCAGAGCUCUCAGAAUGAGAUUUUGUAAAUAGAUUGAAAGGAUUAUAAUGUCCUACGUUACUGUAGUAAUAGUACAGUAGGAUCCUUAUGUUGAUGUUGACUUUUAUUUGGGGAAGUUUAUAUUUUGUGUGGUAUUUUUCCCUUUUUGGGGUGGAGGUGUGUAGUAAGAGCAGUGAUAUGAUAAAUUUUUACAUUCUGCAGGGAUGAGUCAGUUUAAGGGGACAGACCUUGUUUUUAGCAUGACAGUUGAGGUAGGCAUUCAUGCAGUAUGAGAAUUUAAAGUUUGCUAUGAUCAUCUCUUUUGAGUUUUAUUUGUGUCAUUUUUGUUUUUUGUAGCAGAAUUUUCCACUAAGGAUGGUCCUUGCUAAUAAGUGACAUUGAUUCCAAAGGACUGGGGCGUCUAGGUGGGGAAUGGGCUGUAGGGGGUGACCCUCAGCAAACUCCCCAUCCUCAAAAAUCAUGGGAGCUUCAGUGUUUGGGAAGACAUUUUACCCUCUUGUUGGUUACACGGACCAAUGAGAUUUUCAAUUGAGCUGCCCUUAAGAAAUACAGAAGGGCAUUGCUCUUGGUGCUCCCUAGAUGGGAUUUUCCUUUUUCUGUUGUUUACAGUCUCUUAUCAGAUUAUAUUUCCUAAUGUAAAACAAAUGCUCUAUUGUUUUCUAAACAGGCAGUACUUCUGCAGCCAGGCAUCCUGAUUUGUUUUGUUUCCUUCAGCCUUGAAGGCUCCUCCCUACCUAACAUUGACAUCCAUCCAUUCUUGGUUGUUUGGCCUGGAUGCCACCUGGUCCCUGAAGCCUCUGCGUGCCCUCUCUGCUGCACCCCAAGGACAUAGGACUUCCUGUCUGUUUGCCAGCCUUGUUUGAUUUUCCCCCGGGGGGGGGGGGGGGCGUUAGUGAUUUAUAUCUCUCUCUGUGCCCCUCAUGAGAAGUAGGCAUUAUUCCCCUCAAUGUACAGUGACCACUUAUUUGUCUUUUAUGCGUAAUGCUUAUUAUUCAUUUUUGUUUGUGUGCAUGUGUGUAGAGUAUAGAGCCUGGGGCCAACCCCCCAGUAUAGAUUAAACAAAGCUUUUAAAAGUUGUUUUUACUCAUUAUAUGACAUAAAGGUUGUUAACCUGGCCACCUCACACUAAUUAGAAGCCCUGAUUGGCAGCUUUAGAUUUCUUGAUUAAAAAACCCAAAUAAACGGGUUAAGUUUUAGGCAGUCAUUCAGUAAUAAAGAGGUUCUUACUGAAAAGAUUGAGAACUAUUCCAUUUGGUGCUUAGUGAAAAUAUUUUGAAUUCAUGUAAGUACCAAUUAAUUGCCAUUUCUUUAUUCAAAAAUUUUCUGUCAAAUAAAUAGUAAUUUUUCAAUCUUA